GACACGUCAGCAUAUCAUCAUCAUCAUCACAGAUCGAAAGGGUCCGCGAAAAGCCACGCGACCGAAAGCAUCAAACGCCAUUUCUCCACAGGAACGAACAUUAACAACACAUUUUUUCUCUCUUUCAAAGGCAGCAUAAAUUGAAGUAGAAAGAGAAAAUUGAGAAAAUUUAGGGUUCCGAUUUUUAAGAUAAAUAGUGGGUAGAAGAAAAAGAAGCGAUCCGAACGGUGUAAGAGGGCAAAUGGGGACGCUACAUACAUGGAGAAAAGCAUACGGUGCUAUCAAAGAUAGCACUAAGGUUGGACUUGCCCAUGUCAAUUCCGAUUUCAAGGAAGUUGAUGUGGCGAUCGUCAAAGCUACGAAUCAUGUAGAGUGUCCACCCAAAGAUAGACACCUCAGAAAAAUUUUUGUUGCCACAUCAGCAAUUCGACCACGAGCUGAUGUUGCAUACUGCAUACAUGCGCUUGCAAGACGGUUGGCAAAGACUCAUAACUGGACGGUUGCUUUAAAGACCCUAAUAGUUAUCCAUAGAACUUUGCGAGAAGGUGAUCCGACAUUUAGGGAGGAACUUCUGCAUUUCCAGCAGAGAGGGCACAUUCUUGAUAUGUCCAAUUUCAAGGAUGAUUCAAGCCCCAUUGCUUGGGAUUACUCUGCUUGGGUACGGACAUAUGCGCUCUACUUGGAAGAACGACUUGAAUGCUUUAGGAUACUGAAGUACGACAUCGAAUCCGAGCGUCUUCCAAGACCUGCACAAGGCGAAGAUAAGCAGGUUUACAGUAGAACUAGAGAGUUGAACAGUGAAGAACUGUUGGAGCAAUUGUCUGUUUUGCAGCAGCAGUUGUAUCGUCUUAUUGGAUGUCAGCCUGAAGGAGCAGCUUUGGGCAAUUAUGUGAUUCAAUAUGCCCUUGCCUUGGUACUGAAAGAGAGCUUCAAAAUUUAUUGUGCUAUUAACGACGGGAUUAUUAAUCUUGUCGACAAGUUUUUUGAGAUGCCAAGACACGAAGCGAUCAAGGCUCUUGAUAUCUACAAAAGAGCUGGGCAGCUGGCUGGCAGUCUUUCUGGUUUCUAUGAAGUGUGCAAAGGCCUUGAACUUGCUAGAAAUUUCCAAUUCCCUGUGUUGAGAGAGCCUCCACAGUCCUUUCUAGUUACCAUGGACGAGUAUAUACGAGAAGCACCACGAAUGGUUUCUGUUCCGGUUAUGUCCUUGGAAUAUCCUGAAAUGCUUCAGUUGACUUAUAAACAAGAGGAUGUUCCUUCACCUUCUGAAGAGACAAAAGUGAUGGAUGAGGAACCCAAGCCAGCACCUUCAGAAGCUGUUGCGGUCUCAACCGUCGAGGCUGUUGGUCCUCCACGCCCUCCAACUAACUUGGACACUGAUGAUCUACUGGGAUUGAAUGUCUCUGCACCUGAUGCAUCUGCCAUUGAGGAAAGCAAUGCAAUGGCUUUAGCAAUAGUUCCAUCUGGUACUACAUUUGGUUCUGAUGCUUCGCAAGCAAGAGACUUCGAUCCUACUGGAUGGGAACUUGCUUUGGUCAGCACUCCAAGCAAUGACUUGUCUUCAUUUCAGGAGAGGCAAUUGGCUGGAGGACUGGAUUCACUUACACUGCAUAGUUUGUAUGAUGAUGCUGCAUAUAGAGCAUCCCAGCAACCAGCAUAUGGAGCACCUGCACCUAAUCCAUUUGAAGUUGCAGAUCCAUUUGUUAUGUCUAACACUGUUGCUCCUCCUCCAGCAGUUCAAAUGGCUCAUAAUCAAACAAAUCCUUUUGCUCCAUUCCAACCUAUUUAUCCACAGCCCCAGCAGCAACAGCAUUUAUUGAUGACCCCACAAAAUCCUUUCAGUGAUACAGGGUUUGGAGCAUUUCCUGUCAAUCCUGCUGCUCACCCUCAAACUACUAAUCCGUUUGGAAGUACGGGUCUACUAUAAUAAAGUUGCACACAUACAGAAUGUAAGUUACCCGGCUUAGUUAAUCUUGGUACGAGUGAAAUGAGUGCAGCAGUGUGGUAAUGCAUAAUAGUUGAUUUUUUAGCUUGAAAAAUGUAUACCCUUCUCUAGUUGUAAAGAUAGUUAAUUGAACAAUGAAAAUGCAGUUGAUGUUGAUGUUGAAAUGUGAUUAAACCUAUGAUACGAUACUUUCCUGUUUA